AGUUCUGAUGAUCCGCCUCAGUAUUCCGAACCGGCAGCGGUGCGCAGACUGAGUGAGACAGGUGGACCCGGACUUCCUGACCCCUGCUGGUUCUAAAGGAACCGGUCAUGUGGUUCUGUUAUAGAUCAUUCCAACAAGCUGGACUCCGUCGUUUACCGGUGGCACCAGCUGCGCUGUGAAAUCUUUCAGGUGGAUCUGAAGACCCAAAGAGCGCCACCCGAACCUCCUGCAGUGAUCCAAACUCCCGGUCAGGAUCAGCAUGUCUCCGUUUUAACGGGAGCGGGUUCUGGACUCUGUUUGGAGACUUUUACGCACCACGAGGACUUUCCGGGUGAAACUGAAACGGCGGAUGGACCUGGAGGUUCCGACUCCGUGCUGAGGACCAGAAGCCAGAUUGAUGGUAGUUUUUGUGUGCUGGUGGAUUCUUGACCCAGGUGUUCUGAUGUUUGCGCUCCUGCUGGUUCUGUGCUUGGCUGAAGGAACGCGCAGUCAGAUCCGGUACUCGGUCCCGGAGGAGGCGGAUCAUGGCACGUUUGUGGGGAACAUCGCUGAGGACCUGGGUCUGGAACUCACCAAGUUGGCCUCCAGACGCUUCCAGGUCGUGCCCAGCUCCCGGACGCCGUACCUGGGGGUGAACCUGGAGAACGGGGUUCUGUUCAUCAAUGAGCGGAUAGACCGGGACCAGAUCUGCCGGCAGAGCGCGAGCUGCCAGCUCAACAUGGAGGUGUUCCUGGAGAACCCGCUGGAGCUGUUCCGAGUUGAGAUCGAGGUGGUGGACAUUAACGACAAUCCGCCGAGCUUCCCGGAACCGGACAUCACGGUGGAGAUCUCAGAGAGCGCGACCCCGGGGACCCGGUUCCCGCUGGAGAGCGCGUCCGACCCGGACGUGGGCUCCAACGCGCUCCGGACCUAUGACAUCACCACCAACAACUACUUUUACCUGGACGUGCAGACGCAGACGGACGGAAACAAGUUCGCGGAGCUGGUCCUGGAGAAGCCUUUGGACCGGGAGCAUCAGGCGGCACACCGGUACGUCCUGACCGCUGUGGACGGCGGCCAGCCGCCCCGGACCGGAACCGCCUUGCUGGUGGUCAAAGUGCUGGACUCGAACGACAACGUCCCGGUGUUUGAGCAGCAGGUCUACACGGUGAGUUUGUCCGAGAACGCGCCGGUCGGGACCCUGGUGAUCCAGCUGAAUGCCACCGACCUGGAUGACGGGCCGAACGGGGAGGUGGUGUACUCCUUCAGCAACCACAUCUCCAGCCGCGUAAAGGACCUGUUCAGCGUGGACCCCCGCACCGGGCGCGUGGAGGUGCGCGGGGAGGUGGACUAUGAAGAGACCAGUCUCUUUCAGAUCUUUGUCCAGGCCAAGGACCUGGGCCCGAACGCCGUCCCGGCGCACUGCAAAGUGCUUGUCAAAGUGGCCGACGUGAACGACAACGCGCCGGAAAUAACCUUCAGCACCGUGACCGAGUCCGUGAGUGAGAGCGCGACCCCCGGCACGGUGAUCGCGCUGCUGAGCGUGACGGAUCGGGACGCGGAGGAGAACGGGCUGGUCCAGGUGGAAAUUCUGGGUGAGGUUCCGUUUAAGCUCAAGUCCUCCUUCAGGAACUACUUCACCAUCGUGACCGACGGGCUGCUGAACCGCGAGCACGCAGACUCCUACUCCGUGACCGUGGUCGCGCGGGACAAAGGGACCCCUUCUCUGGCCUCCAGUAAGUCCAUCCGGGUCCAGGUGUCAGAUGAGAACGACAACGCGCCCGCGUUCACGCAGCCCGUUUAUGACGUGUACGUCACAGAGAACAACGUGCCAGGGGCGUACAUCCACGCUGUGACGGCCCUGGACCCGGACGUGGGGCCAAACGCCCUCAUCACCUACUCCAUACUAGACUGUGAGAUCCAGGGCAUGUCAGUCAGGACCUACGUGUCCAUCAACGAGGAGACCGGGUACCUGUACGCCCUCAGGUCCUUUGACUACGAGCAGCUGAAGGAUUUCUCCUUCAUGGUCCAGGCUUCGGACUCCGGGGCCCCAGAACUCUCCACUAAUGUGACUGUCAGGGUCAUUGUGGUGGACCAGAACGAUAACCCCCCCUUGGUGCUCGCCCCCUUGGGGAAGAACGGGACUGCUCGGGAGCCCCUUCCCCGCUCGGCAGAGCCGGGCUACCUGGUGACCCGGGUCGUGGCCAUGGAUGCGGAUGAUGGUGAGAACGCCCGUCUGUCCUACAGCAUCCAGAGAGGGAAUGAGAAUGGCAUGUUCCGGAUGGAUUGGAGGACAGGUGAGCUCCGAACGGCGAGGCGGGUGUUGGCUAAAAGAGACCCCUAUCAGCUGUACGACCUGCUGAUUGAGGUGAGGGACCAUGGCCAGCCCCCCCUGUCCUCCAGCACUAGUGUGCUUGUGGUGCUAGUGGACAGCGUGGCAGUGGGUCGGGGUGGUGGAGACAAAACUGGCACCAGCAAGGCCAAAGACGGUACUCUGGACCUCACCCUGAUCCUGAUCAUCGCCCUGGGCUCGGUGUCCUUCAUCUUCUUCCUGGUGAUGAUCGUCCUGGCAGUUCGCUGCCAGAAGGACAAGAAGCUGAACAUCUACAGCUGCCUGAGUAGUGACUGCUGCCUGGGCUGCAGCUUCUGCUGCUCCCGGACCAGCCGCUCCCGCAAAAAGAAGCUCAGCAAGUCCGACAUCAUGCUGGUUCAGAGCACCGUCAACGUCAGCGGGACCGGGUCGGCCCAAGUCCCCAUUGAGGAGUCCGGGACCUUCGGCUCCCACCACCAAAACCAGAACUAUUGUUACCAGGUGUGUCUGACCCCAGAGUCGGCCAAAACGGACCUGAUGUUCCUCAAGCCCUGCAGCCCCACCAGGAGUACCGACACAGACCACAAUCCAUGUGGGGCCAUUGUGUCUGGGUUCACAGACCAGCAGCCGGACAUCAUAUCCAACGGCAGCAUCCUAUCAAGCGAGACCAAACACCAGAGAGGUGAACUCAGCUACCUGGCUGAGCGGCCGAGACGGGUCAACAGUUCAGCCUUCCAGGAGGCAGACCUGGUCAGCUCUAAGGACAGCGGUCACGGGGACAGCGAGCAGGGGGACAGUGACCACGACGCCAUGAAUCGAGGACAUUCAUCUGGUGCUGAUCUGUUCUCAAACUGCACGGAUGAGUGCAAGGCUCUGGGUCACUCGGAUCGCUGCUGGAUGCCGAGCUUCGUGACCUCUGAUGGGCACCAGGGUCUGGACUAUCGCAGCAACCUGCACGUGCCUGGAAUGGACUCAGUCCCUGACACAGAGCGGGGUCGAGGGUUUGCAAGCUCGUUCCGGGUGGACGUGCCAGAGACGGCGUGACCCCCACCCCCAUCCCCUCCAGCUGGACUCCCACACACGUCCCCUUCUUGGACUGAAAGAACACAUUUACACACAGAUAGAGGACCAACCUCAUAAAAAACUGGAGCUGGCUACAGCUUGUGUAAGCACUUGGACCUGGGCUGGUCAGCUGGACCUUGAGGAGGAUGGUGUGUGUGUAUGUGUGUGUGUGUGUGUGUGUGUGUGUGUGUGUGUGUGUGUGUGUGUGUGUGUGUGUGUUAACACAGCCUUACUGGGAUGGGCCCAAUUCUCAGCAGGACUGAGAAAAACCUCUGAACUAUCAUGAUGGAGGAGCAAAGUGGAGAAUAGUGGUUCUGCCAUGUCCCAGUUAGUGUGUGCCUGUUUACAGCACUGAUGUACAGAACCUAGAGCUGGACCAGGACCACAUCCAGACCAGGACGGGGGUCCAAAGUAGACCUUCCAGGAGACACAACCCUUUAGAUGUUCCACAGGCCAAAACUAAAAGGGAGAAACUUUGUGCUUUCAUGGAGCAGCACUGUCGUGGUUCUGGUUCUGUGUGUGUGAUCGGGUUCAUCUGGUCCAGUCUUUUUUCAACUUUGUAUGAACAGAUUGUGUUGAAGUUAUUAGAUUAUUUUUUUAUUUUGUUAUUUUCAUUCUUCAUCAACACACGAGGAGUCAGGCAGUAUUUGGCUCCACUCGUCUCAUCCUGAGCCGUCCAGUAGUUUCUAUCGUGUCAGAGGUGUUUACUGUACUCUUCCAAUCUAAAUAUAAAACUAUAUGAAUCUAUCUAUA